GUAGACUGUAGUGGGUUACAGUUAAGCAGUGCUAUCUCUUUGAAGGAUGAAACUACUUUUAAUAUUUUUCACACUAUCAAGCAUUAAGGACAUCAGUGCUCAGAUCCAGCAUGUAGAUUUAAGUUUAAGUGGAUGCUCAAGUGGAUCAGCUAAAGAGUAUGUGGCCGAACUUGAUGGAGAAGAAAUAUUGCACACAGAUUUUAAAAGGCAAAUUCUGGUGAAUAAAUUGCCUGAUUUUGCAGAACCUUUUGAGAGAACUUGUGCUUAUAAACAUAGCGUUUUAGAGCAAAAGAUCUGCAAACUCAACCUUGAUCUAGCAGUGAAAGUCUACAAAAACCCUUCAGAAGCUCUGGACAUCCCCCAAAACUCAAUCUAUUCCAAAAGCAAUGUGGAGCUUGAAGCACAGAACACACUCGUCUGUCAUUCAGGAAGUUUUUUCCCUCCUCCUGUCCGCAUCACCUGGACCAGAAAUGGUGUAAAUGUGACAGAUGAAUCCACACUCAGCCAGUUCUAUCCGAAUAAAGACAACACCUACAACCAGUUCUCCCACCUGCACUUCACUCCAAAGGAAGGAGACGUUUACACCUGCACGGUGGAGCACAAGGCCCUGGAGACGCCCGACACCAAGACAUGGGAGGUGGAUGUUGAGCUUCCCAGUGUGGGUCCGGCUGUGUUUUGUGGAGUGGGUCUGGCUGUAGGACUGCUCGGCGUCGUGACUGGAACUUUCUUCCUCAUCAAAGGAAACAGAUGCAACUGACAUUAAAACUCAAAAUACAAAAAAUACACUCUCACAGUAUCAUAUCACAAAUA